UCUAGGUCUAGCCUAGCCGUCUCCAUCCCACCCCAGCAGCUCUCCCCCAACCCUCGUCCGGCUGCGCCGCGACCCAAUCCCCCCAUCUCGUCUCGUCUCGUCUCGCAGAGAGAUCCGUGCGGCGCGCCAGCAGCCAUGGCCUCGGACCAAACCCUGGCAGCACUCCCAGUACUCCCUGCCCCGUCCAACCCCAACCAGAUCCCGGACCCGACCGCACCACUCCCCCCGGACCUGACCCCGCCCGCCUCCGCCUCCGCCUCCGCCGCGCGGAAGCUCCCCGUCAAGCGCCGCUCCCCGCCACGCCCCUCCUCUUCGCCCUCCUCCUCCGGCCCCACCGCCGCCGACCAGGACGGCCAGCCGCCCUUCAAGUUCCAGCGCAUCUGGUCCGAGUCCGACGAGCUCCGCUUCCUGCAGGGCCUCCUCGGCUGCGGCGCGCAGGGCCUCGUCUUCCCGCGCGACCUCAACGUCUUCUACGACCGCUUCUCCGAGUCCAUGCCCCAGCCCUACACCCGCUCCCAGCUCUCCGAGAAGCUCCGCCGCCUCAAGAACAAGCACCGCAACGUCUCCACGCGCGUCGCCCGGGGGCUCGACCCCGCCCGCCUCGCCCCGCACGACCGCGACGUGCUCCACCUCUGCUCCCGCCUCUGGGACCCCGCCAACGCCGCCACCUCGCCCUUCGCCGCCAGCGCCGGUUCCCCCGGGAACAAGCGCCGCCGUGCCGCUCCGCUAGAGGUUCCGCCCCCCUCGGGGGAUGCCAACUCCCAUGACUAUAAUGGGACGAGUUCUGCCACUCCGGGAGCGUUCCUGGAUGGCAAUGGCGAGGAUGUGAUGUAUCUGGAACAGGAAAGCGGCCACCUUUAUUAUGACCAAGGUGCUGCUCUUGUAGCCAACGGCAGCCUUGAUGGGUUCACCAUGGAGCAGACUGAGACCGUGGCGGCUCUCACCAACAACGGUGGGAAUGGAGUCGGCAUGGAGAUUGCUCCCCAAAAUUUUGAGAACACCGGAGUUGGCAGUCAGAAUGGAAACUGCACGGUGAUGAUACCACGUAGCAGUGAGCAUCGCAUGGCAAGUGCUGUACUGGAUGUUUUCGAGGAGUGUCUGAGGGAGGCAAAGGCUGAUGGAAUGAUCUGUGGUGGCAAUGCUGAGGAAAGCGAACUUGCAAAGCGUUGGAGGGCGCAGAGGAUUGAUGAGCUUGAUGUGUUGAGCCGAAGGCUCAGGCUGAUCAUCGAGGAUGCUGGUGCAGCUCGGCACUAAUUCAGAGAUUGAUGUAUUUGGUGAUGUUCUUCUACCCUUGGCCACCAUGUAUAGAAGCUAUGUUAUUAUGCUAUGCUUUUGUAGCGCAUUGCUCAGCUUGAGCCUGCUUUAGCCGGUCUAUGCCUAUGUAAUCUCUAUGGAUAUUGAUGUUUAGUUUAAUAAUUAAUCAUCCCAUCCUCGUAAUAAUACCGUAUGGUUGCACCAUUGUUGUUUAUAAAGUGUCCUGCUGCCAGUAUCAUUUUUGAACUGGUGCUAACACCUAAUGAGAAGUAGUUCAUGUAGCUUCAGCCUUUUCACCUUUCUCCACUAGUUAUUGUAACCUGCAAACUGAGGAAGAUGACUAUUCUGUUUCUUUGUGGGCCUACUCUAUUCUGAUCGAUUUUUUCAUGCA